AUGGCGGCCUCUAGGACCUACAAGGUGACUCGCGAAGUAGUGCAUCUGCUGGCCGGCAAGAUGAAUAGGGAUGGUCGUACGGUAACCCCCGAUGACAGACGUGGGAUCCUUCGCUUGGUGGAGUGUGACGAUGGGUGCUUGCGGGUCGAAUUCGUCCUGAGGUCGGACGGUUGUGAUGUCGACUCUACAGGACCUGAGGAGUCUUUCGUGGCUGAUAAAGGCGAUAAACUGGACCCAGUCCCCCAGUGCACCACCGGACGAGUUUACGUCCUUCGAAUCAAAGACCAGCGACAUUUGUAUUGGAUGCAAGCCGAGGAUGCCACUGAUGAGCCUCGUUUGGUGGUUAAAUUUAAUAAGGCUCUCGACAGGGCCCAGAGUGAGCCUGAUCAGGAUGCUGUGAUGGAGGAGGCCGCGCCCCCACCACCGACUAGUAUCCCCUUCCCUUCAAGGUCCACCUCUUCUUCCUCUCAGCAGGGCGGCGGCCUCAGCGUAAUGGAUAGACUCAUGGCCGAACAGGACGACUUCAGACCAACUGAGGAGCAAUUCGCCCAGGCUGCAGCGUUUUGGAUCUUAGCCCAUCGGUUGGACGAGGCAGGGGUGCGAGUUCGUCCUAGGAUUCACCCGACACCGCUGCGUAACGUCUUGACUAAGGAAGUGUUGGCAAAAUUGGCUGAAGACCCGGAAGGCAACAAGCAGUUGAAGGACCAGAUCCCUGAAGGGCACACCCUUAAGGAUACCAUCACCAGUGCUCAGUUCUAUCAGGCUAUGGGGCGUAUGGAUGAGGCCAUAUACUCGGAGAACGUCCUCGCCCUUUUCCAGGCUUUAGAGCUGGAUGCCUCUGUAUUGGACUCCCACGCUGACCCCUUUGAAAGCCUUUGUGAAGCUCUGGAGAAGAAGUAUAGGGAGGAGGGGUCCUCUCAGCCUUCUGAUACUGCCCAGAAGGCCGAUGAAGAUAUGCCAAGUGCUGAUUAA